CAUGCCACUGAGAUACUCCAGGAGAAAUGCGUCGAGCAGGAAGAGGUGAAACUACAGGAGUUGAUGGAGGAGCAGUUGAGAAUCCCGUCGUUGUCACUUGGAGAACGGAUAGAAAGAGCAAAGAGGAGAGCUAACCAAGUCAGGGUCAAGAUUCAGCAAGAUCUGGACGGGACGCGAUCAGAUUGUGCCACGAGCUACGUCAUAGCAGGAGAAGGUCGUCUAUCAAUGGACUCCAGCGAAGGCGACGUGGAGGCUUUUGAGAGUCCCCACUCCUCCCCCUCCUCCUCCUUCAGGACCCCACAACACCGCCGGCCGAACUCCGACACACACACCCUGUCUGACUCGGGCGGGAAGGCGCAGAUCAUCGGCCCCGAGGAAGAGGAUGAAGAAGAUGACGGUUAUGCAUUUAACGAGAUGGACGGUCCGUUCCAGGACAUCGAGCUGUUGAAGUCACGGCCGGCACACAUGGCGGUGUUCAUGAGAUACGUCUUCACACAGCUCCUGGACCCCAACCCUCUGCUGUUCUACCUGUCAGUGGAGGCCUACCUGGGCUCCAGCCCUAAAGACGCUCGUGCGCUCGCACCUCAGAUCUGCUCCCACUUCCUGGACCCAGAUGCUCCCCUGAAAAUCAAAGUACGAGAGGAGUAUCUCACAGAUAUAGAGGGUCGGCUUCACGCCUCGGAGGACAUCAGGGGUCCUCUGUCCGAGCUGCAGCAGCAAGUGUUGCCGGACAUCCAGGACCAGAUCCAGGACUACAGGAACAAGCAGAUGAUGGGCCUCGGCUCUCUGUUCGGAGAAGGAGACCUGCAGCAGCUGGACGGAGACCCGGUGAAAGAGCGACAGGUGGUGGACAGACAGGUCACCGCCCUCUGGGAAAUACUAUCAAAGCACGAAGAAGACAGAAGUUCUCCCCUGGCGUCGGCCGUUCACCUUUACCUGCGGCAUUCAGGUAUCAAGCUAAGAGACUCCAAGGUCUUCCCUGGGCUGAGCACAGAGAAGGAGAAGUGGCUCGCCUUUUUAAAAACGAAAAAGCCGAGUGGUCCCAAGAAAGAGAAAGAUGGAGAGGAUAAAAAGAGAAAUCCCAUCCUGAAGUACAUCGGAAAACCCCGGAACUCCUCCCAGUCUACAUUCCAUGUCCCGUUGUCACCCACCGAAGUCCGUCCUGGCAGUGUGAGGAACAUCAUUCAGCAGUUUGAGAACCACACAGAGACGGGGGAGGAGGGGGGAGACCCCGCGGACCCCCCGAGGCUCUCCACCAGCAGCCUGGGAGAGGACAGCAUGGAAAGCCCUGCGGUCUCGGUGCGUCUGGCACGCAGCGAGUCGUUGAAGGCUCAGGGUGAGGGCCGACGGCGGGGCGUCGUCUCGGGGACGGAGUCUGUCCCACGCUCUCGUAGCGACGUGGACAUGGAGGACUGCGGGGAGGAGAGGGAGGGGCCGGGCCUCAGGCCGCUGCAGCACAGCGCCUCGUCGUCCGCGUCCAGCAGCUCUGCACGGUCUCUAGAGAACCCUACACCCCCAUACACCCCUCGGUCUAGACGCAGUCUAUGCGAGGCGAUGAAGAAGCGAAGAGAAGCCCCCACCGUUCAGGACAUCGGGGACGUUAUGCUGGCCAGGUUUGAAGGGACGGCGGGAGACGAGUUUCAGGAGCAGGCGUCGCAGCUGUGCAGCCAGCAGUCUCAGGCUCAGGAGCUCAUCAAGAACAAGCAACGCAAAGACCCUCGCUUCGCUCACAUCAUACAGGAGUGUGAAGCGAGUCAUCACUGUCGGAGGCUGCAGCUCAAAGACCUGCUUGUGUCUGAGAUGCAGAGACUCACCAAGUACCCCCUGCUGCUGGACAACAUCAUCAAACACACAGACGCCGGUUCGUCGGACCUCCCCUCACUUCAACGUGCCCACGCUUGUUGCCGAGGGAUACUGCUGGCGGUGAACGAGGACGUCAGGGAAACGGAGCACCGGCAACGCCUCAGCCAAUACCAACGCAGGCUGGACGCUGCGCCUCUAUUCAAGGGUCUGGACCUCACCACUAAGAGAAUGAUCCACGAAGGUCCUCUCACGUGGAAAGUCAACAAAGACAAGCAGAUAGAGAUCCAGGCGCUGCUGCUGUCUGACUCCCUGGUGCUCCUGCAGCGGGGCCCGGACGACCGGCUGCUGCUCAGGUAUCCGUCCCGCUGGCUGGGGGGGGGCGUGGGGGGCAGCGGGGACAGCAAGACGUUCUUCAGCCCUCUGGUGAAGCUGGACUCUCUGCUGGUCCGCUCCGUAGCUACAGAUAACAAAGCCCUCUACUUGAUCAGCACCACAGAGAGGCAGAUCUACGAGCUGGUGGCCGGGACGGCGUCAGAGAAAAACACCUGGAAAGAUUUACUUGAAAAGACCAUCUCAUCGUCCGGCGGUUCAUCCCCCCUGAUCAAUCACGGAUCCAUACCUACAUCCUCCUCCAGUCUGCGCAGUGCGUCCCCAGUGUCAACUAGCAGCAAUGUGUUUGCAGACAACUCAAUAACGGAGCAGUCAGAUUCCAUGGAGACUCAUUCCUCCAACGACGACAUUGUGCUCUCAGCACACACACCUACUGACCAAUCAGAAGCUUUCAUCUGCGGUGAAGGAGAAGCAGUUGGUGUGGCCGAGGCCGCUUUACAGGACGUUGAAACACUAAGGCAGCUCAUUUUACGAGAUUUGGACGAGGACGGUUGGAGCCACAAUUCAGACGACACGCCCACCAACGAGACGACCAAUGAGAGGAGCUCGUUCCCCGAGAGGCAGCGGCCAGAGUCUUUGGAGACUGUCCUCAACUUCAGCAUCAACGAAUUGGAGGCGGAGCCUGAAGAAGAGGCUCCGCCGCUUGACGCUGAGCAACCCAGCAGCGUUCAGGUCGUGAGGAAAGCUGUGGUUGCGGGUCCUUCUUCUUCUUCUUCUGUCCCUGACGACAUCACUGCUGAUGUCACACUCCCCUCCGACCAAUCACACGAGCCGAGAGGCGAGGCCACCGCGCAGGGGAACAUGUUCUACCUGGUACUGCCUACAGCGCAGGGAGAGAGCGCCACCGACGACCUCCACGACCUCAACGACCCUCCUACUCCCACCGCCAGCCACUUCCCUCAGCCUCUGGAGGAAGUGAUAUCACCGCAGCCCGAGGAAGAAGCACGCGCCUGCUUCUCCAACCAAUCAGAGGCUAUGGAACUGGAACAGGAAGAGGAAACGGGCCAAUCGCCGCAGAGCCACGUGAUCAAAAAUGUGGACGAGAUUUUCCACACCAUCGAGGGGCUGACGAGCAAGCUGCGCCAGCUGAAGGACAUAGAGAAUUCCCAUCACACGCUUUUGAAAACCCUCAGAGAGCCGUUAGUCAAUCAGGAGCCAGAGGACCAGCAGUGUCCGUCGGCAACCGUCUCCAGAACGCCGUCUCUGGAUCGCGGCUCAGGGGACGGCAAAGAGGGCAGUCCAGCAGAGCCCAAGAUUCAGUCGACGGGAUUCUGACGUCACUCCGUCUCGAUUGUUGGCGCAAGGACGCACUAAUAUCGGUCUCGGGCCCUUAAGCCCCGCCUCCCCUCACCCUUUCCUCCCUGCAUGCACCGGCCAUUCGAUCCGAGCCGAGGACGGACCCUAGCUGUGUUUUUUUUGUUUCCCGUUUCCCUGGAAUACAAAGAAACUAGCCGGAAUCCCCAGGAUCUCUGAGGUCAGCACAACUUCUACGUGGACGGAGCGAGGAAAAAGUAUGAAGGAACAAAAAAGGCACGAGACAAGUUAACC